AUGUCUUGUAUAAUGGCAUCCAGUUUAUCAGCAUCCUGUAGCAAUUCGGCUGUAACUACUCGAAGAAAGACAGAUAUAUGGCUGGUCGGCCAGACAUCAUCAAUAAGCCAAGCUAAACUUCCAACAAAACAAGAGGUAUUACGUCUUUUUUUUCACUAUAAAAGUGACAGCAAGCAAAACAUAAAAAAAUGUUGCCAUUUCACUGCAGAUGAUGUGUUGUCGGUCUGGGAAAAGGCCGGGAUACCAACACAGUUAAAGAAACACGUAGUAGGAAAAGUAGAAAACUUGUUUAGGGAUUGGCAAAAACUAAAGAAAAAUAAGGAAAAUAAAGCUAAGCGUUCGGAAGGCAUAAAACAAAAAGAAGAGGAAUGGCAGAUGAAACUGAAAAACCUCUUUGACAUAGCCCACGCUGAUGCCUUAAAUAUGAUUCGUAUUCAGGAAGACAAGGAUUUUUUAAUUGCGCAGCGGGAGAAAGAUCGUCGCGGCCAAAUUGGUAACUUAGAUAGAUCAUAGCAUUCACAAAAAAGAAAAAAUGGGCUGAAC